AUGCCUACCAGGCAAGUCAGGCCUAUCCCGGUGCCUACGGUCCGUACCCGGGAGCGUCAGGGGCCUACAGGCCAUACCCUCAACCGCAACCGUCACCUCCAAGAAGAUCACGAACAGCGCCUAGUCGUGCAAUGCCGUUCUCCACACGAGCCAAACGUUCCGUCAUCGCGGAAACCUCGAGGGGUUUCGGUUGAUCAGUACGACAAGCGACAGUUCAAGGCAGUUUCCGGUCCUAUGAAGAAACCAUCACCUGCGUACAGAAAAACUCGUGAUCCCUAUACGUAUCGAUUAGCACAAUACCAGGAAACCGAUUUCGGAGGUGCGCCGUACGACUACAGUUCCCAAUUUCAUCGGCCAUACACGGCUGAGGUCCCAACGACGACGUUGCGACGGUUACGACCUUUCUAUGCACCGUCGUACACAACCUACCCGCCGUCGACGAUGUUCCGAACAGACAAGAAACUGGACACCAAGAAAUAUCCGCUGUUCGCGAGAAUAGCAGUGAAAGCCGCUCAGUUGACUAGUGCGUUGGGCACAAUGCGAGGGUCCAGUUUCCACGACUUCGUCAUUCGAACAAACACGGAAUGGCAAGGCGCCGUAGUUGGUAUCGUUUCGACGUGGGCGAUUUUUACAGCGGUACUGCUGAUGACGAGCUUUCUCGCAAAUUCCGUUCAUAUGUGGCGGAAAGUGGAUGCUCAUGUCACAUUGAUAGCGAUCUUGGCCUACUUACUCGCUUCAUGUCUUGAAGCGUACUAUGCCGCCUGCUAUCCACCUAAUGGACCUCGAAUAAAUCUAGUCUGUCAUCGCGCGAGUGGAUCAUACGAAAUCCUGUGCUUCAUCAACACGGCUUUAUACGUGGCUGAUUUUGCACUUUCGUGGCUCUCUGGAGUGAAUAUGCUGUGA